CUCGUCUUCCUCCUCCUCCCUCCCCCCGCCUCCUCUGGGCUCACUCUACCCCUCUGUUCCCUCCCCAUCUUCCCCUCUUCUCCGGCCCCCCUUCCUUCUCUCUCGCCUCUCCAAUUCCCCAUCCCUUCUCCUCCUCCAUCCUUUCUUCUUGCCCUCACUUGUCCAUCUCCCUCUCCUUUCCUGUUCCUCUCUCUCCCAAGCUCUCCUCCCCCACCUUCCCAGCCUCUCCCCGGCCCCUCUUUCCCCAUUACCCACUUUCCUCCCUGGAGCCCCAUCCCCCACCCCCGUGCCCCCAGCCUCUUUUAUCUCCCGCUCUCCCUGCACUACGAGAUUCCGAAUCCCCCCAUUUUCUGAGCCUUCUUUAUCUCCCCAUCCUUCCCAUCAUCCACUCUCACCAUCUCCCCCCCUGUCUUUUACACCCCCUAUUUCCCUCGCUUCCAUCCUCCCUCUUCCUUACCCCUGGGCCUGAUGCUCCCUCGGUCAGGCCUGAAGACUUGAAUCCCUAGUCUCCGUUCCUCUGCUGCCCCAGGGGAGGGGCAAGGCCUGGGGGGGAGGGGGAAGAACGGGGUAACCCCCUCCCUCUGCCGGCCCCUCCCCUCCCCCACCCCCUCACCCCAUGGCCACGGGCUACAUCUCGGCCCCUUCCUCACCCCCAGCAGCCCCCCCAGGCCGACCCGGCUGAGGGGAGGGGGCCGGGGGUGGGGAGCCCCAUUUGGGCCAGCUCUCUCCCUCCCUCCCUCCAUUACUCCUUCCCUUCUCCUCCUCCAUUUUCUCCUUGCAUUCCCCCUUCUCCUCUCCCCUCUCAGGCCUGCCCGCCAGCCCUCCCUCUCUCCCUCGCCCCUUCCACCUGGCUCCUCACCUCCAGCAGCUGGGGACCAGAAGACUCUCCCCUUGCUCCCAUCUCAGUGUCCCUCCCCACCCCCACCCCUCUCGGCCCCUGAGCCGGCGAGAGAGCCCCAGCCGUCUGGCCCACCAGGAUCCGUGGUACGUGGGGGCCUCGGGCAGCAGCUUCUCCAUGAGGAGGGGAGGAAGAUGCCGGCGGAGCUGCUGCUACUGCUGAUUGUUGCCUUUGCCCACCCCAGCCAUCAGGUGUUGUCCUCCCUGCGCAUGGCCGCCAUCCUGGACGACCAGACCGUGUGUGGCCGAGGAGAGCGCCUGGCCCUGGCCCUUGCCCGAGAACAGAUCAACGGGAUCAUCGAAGUCCCGGCCAAGGCCCGCGUGGAGGUGGACAUCUUUGAGCUCCAGAGAGACAGCCAGUACGAGACUACGGACACCAUGUGCCAGAUCCUGCCCAAGGGGGUCGUGUCGGUGCUGGGACCCUCCUCCAGUCCGGCAUCGGCUUCCAUCGUCAGCCACAUCUGCGGGGAGAAGGAGAUCCCCCACAUCAAGGUGGGCCCAGAGGAGACCCCCCGGCUCCAGUACCUUCGGUUUGCUUCUGUCAGCCUCUACCCCAGCAAUGAGGACGUCAGUCUGGCUGUCUCCCGAAUCCUCAAAUCCUUCAACUAUCCCUCAGCCAGCCUCAUCUGUGCCAAGGCGGAGUGCCUGCUGAGACUGGAGGAGCUGGUCCGAGGCUUCCUGAUCUCCAAGGAGACGCUGUCAGUCCGGAUGCUCGACGAAAGCCGGGACCCCACACCUCUGCUCAAGGAAAUCCGGGACGACAAGGUCUCCACCAUCAUCAUCGACGCCAACGCUUCCAUCUCUCACCUCAUCCUCAAGAAGGCCUCAGAGUUGGGGAUGACCUCAGCGUUUUAUAAAUACAUCCUCACAACCAUGGAUUUCCCUAUCCUUCACCUGGACGGCAUUGUGGAGGACUCAUCCAACAUCCUGGGCUUCUCCAUGUUCAACACAUCCCAUCCCUUCUACCUGGAGUUUGUUCGGAGCCUCAACAUGUCCUGGCGGGAGAACUGUGAGGCUAGCAUGUAUCCUGGUCCAGCGUUGUCUGCAGCCCUAAUGUUUGAUGCCGUGCAUGUGGUUGUGAGUGCUGUGAGGGAGCUGAAUCGAAGCCAGGAGAUCGGCGUAAAACCCCUGGCUUGCACCUCCUCCAAUAUCUGGCCCCACGGGACCAGCCUCAUGAACUACCUUCGAAUGGUAGAGUAUGAUGGGCUGACUGGGCGAGUUGAGUUCAACAGCAAAGGUCAACGGACCAACUAUACCCUGCGGAUCCUAGAGAAGUCCCGAGAGGGCCAUCGGGAGAUCGGGGUGUGGUACUCCAAUCGAACUCUGGCUAUGAACGCUACCACCCUGGACAUCAACCUUUCCCAGACCUUAGCCAAUAAGACCCUGGUGGUCACCACCAUCUUGGAAAAUCCAUACGUCAUGCGAAGGCCCAACUUCCAGUCUCUGUCAGGAAAUGAGCGCUUUGAGGGCUUCUGUGUGGAUAUGCUCCGAGAGCUGGCGGAGUUGCUUCGUUUUCGAUUCCGACUUCGACUAGUAGAAGAUGGGCUGUAUGGGGCACCGGAGCCCAAUGGUUCCUGGACCGGAAUGGUUGGGGAGCUCAUCAACCGGAAAGCAGACCUGGCAGUGGCCGCGUUCACUAUCACAGCCGAGCGGGAGAAGGUCAUAGACUUCUCCAAACCCUUCAUGACCCUUGGGAUCAGCAUCCUCUACAGAGUGCACAUGGGUCGAAAGCCUGGCUACUUCUCCUUCCUCGAUCCCUUCUCACCUGCUGUGUGGCUCUUCAUGCUCUUGGCUUACCUGGCUGUUAGCUGUGUCCUUUUCCUGGCAGCCAGGCUGAGCCCCUAUGAGUGGUAUAACCCUCACCCGUGCCUCCGAGCACGUCCCCAUGUGGUGGAGAACCAGUAUACUCUGGGCAACAGCUUGUGGUUCCCCGUCGGGGGAUUCAUGCAGCAGGGCUCGGAGAUCAUGCCCCGGGCACUUUCUACUCGAUGUGUCAGCGGGGUCUGGUGGGCCUUCACCCUCAUCAUCAUCUCCUCCUACACGGCCAACCUGGCGGCCUUUCUCACCGUGCAGCGAAUGGAGGUGCCAGUCGAGUCGGCUGAUGACUUGGCCGACCAGACCAAUAUUGAGUAUGGGACCAUCCAUGCAGGCUCCACCAUGACCUUUUUCCAGAACUCUCGAUACCAGACUUACCAGCGGAUGUGGAACUACAUGCAGUCCAAGCAGCCCAGUGUGUUUGUGAAGAGCACGGAGGAGGGCAUCGCCCGGGUCCUCAACUCUCGCUAUGCCUUCUUGUUGGAGUCCACCAUGAAUGAGUACCACAGGCGCCUCAACUGCAACCUCACCCAGAUUGGGGGCCUCCUCGAUACCAAGGGCUAUGGCAUCGGCAUGCCACUGGGCUCCCCAUUCCGGGAUGAGAUCACGUUGGCUAUCUUGCAACUGCAAGAGAACAACCGGUUGGAGAUCCUAAAGCGAAAGUGGUGGGAGGGGGGCCGGUGCCCCAAGGAGGAGGACCAUCGGGCCAAAGGGCUGGGAAUGGAGAACAUCGGUGGGAUAUUCGUGGUGCUCAUCUGUGGCCUCAUCAUCGCUGUCUUUGUGGCCGUCAUGGAGUUCGUGUGGUCCACCAGGAGGUCGGCAGAGUCCGAGGAGGUGUCCGUGUGCCAGGAGAUGCUGCAAGAACUUCGUCACGCCGUGUCUUGCCGGAAGACCUCCCGUUCCCGCCGCCGCCGCCGCUACCCGGGCGUCCCGGGCAGGGCCGCUCUGUCCCUGCGGGCGGUCCGGGAGAUGCGCCUCAGCAACGGGAAGCUGUACUCUGCGGGCGCGGGCGGCGGAGACUCGGGCGGGGGUCACGGGGGCCCCCAGCGCCUCCUGGACGACCCCGGACCCCCCGGCCGGCCCCCGGCUCCCGCCCCGGCCGGCUGCACCCACGUCCGCGUCUGCCACGAGUGCCGGCGCAUCCAGGCCCUUCGGGCUGCAGGUGGGGGGCCCCCUCGGGGCUUGGUUCCCCCAACCGAGACCACCAGCCCCCCGAGGCCCAGACCGGGGCCCCCGGCGCCCCGGGAGCUGUCCGAGCAAGAGUGACCGCCCCCAUUCCAUGGGGCGGGCUGGCAGCCAGCUCAAGAACUCAGGCUUCGGGGAGAACUCAGGCUUACGAGCAGCCGACUAAGAAGGACCUAGGCGUCCGAUCCCCUGACCCCACGAGGUGAAACCUGGACUAGAGGGAGAUCAAGGAGCCCUUUCGGCCGCCCUCGCGAACGCGACCCAGGCGACAGGGUGGCCCGGAUGGAGGGGAAGCCCAGUGGUCGAGCCCUCGGCCCCUCUCCCCCGGAGGGAGCGUCGCGGAAAGAGAAUUUCCGACUCCGGACUCCCGAGACUUGGCCCUUUGGUAGCCAGACCCGCCCGAGGGCGGGAGGGAGGGCGGUGAGGGUGGGGACUCGCCCUCUGGAGCCCCCUGGUGGAUUGGUCGAGGCGUAGCCGAGAGCAGGAAUCGAUCUCGGAGGUGGAGGCCCUGAGCCUGGAUGCUUGAAUGGAUCCCUCUUCGUGGCGGGGGGAACUCCUGGGGGGCCCCACUUCCAAAUGCCCCCUGGACUCAGAGCCCCACCCAUCCUGGAGCAGGAGAGGGAGGCGACCUCUGGCCCAGCUUUCUGUCUCUGUCUCUGUCUCUUUCUCUAUUUUUGGGGAGAAGCCCCCGGAUUUCUAUGACACUCCCUAGGGAGGGGGUCGGUGGCUCCCCUGUCCCUCCCCCUCCCGAGUCCCCCGUCCCCGUUGGAAUAAAAAAAAUCAAAGAAAACCUCAA